UUCUAUGGUUCACUUCUGAUAAAUAACUUACUGUAAGAGCCUACAGGUCCACAACACACAGGAAUAAGAGAAAGAAUAUACAAGUUUUCUGUCAUCACGGCGGGGAAAAUUGUAGAGGACUUUGGACAUAAAUUGAAGACAGGACUGAUGGAUGUAUUUUGGGCUCUCUUGCUCUGCGUUCAUUUUCUAACUGCAGUUCAAGCGAGCGGUGAUCACCCCUCUCUAAGUGUUUCUGUGCCCCAUCGGACCUACGAGUGUCCCGAAGGGGCCAAUGUCACCCUGACGUGCGUUCAGUCCGGAUCCAAGGCUGCCUCGGAGGACAAGCUGUGGAACACCUGGCUCUUCACGUCUCACUCAAAGGAGCACUGCCACAAGGGCAUUCACCCGCGCGAGUCCGGUCACACCAACCGCUCCGUGGGAGUGAGUUACAUCAGCGGUGAGAAGUCCUUCUCCAUCUUCUUGCAGACCGUCAAUCACAAGGACCAGGGCAAAUACUGCUGCCUGCUUUUGGACUUUCACGGCAAGCACAAGGUCGAGCAGGAGGCCCACGAGUUCAUCUACCUGACUGUGGUGCCAACAAAUGCAAAUACUCUCAACGGCAGUCUGAAGUGUUUGGAGUGGUCUCACGUUCCCCCAGAUGACUCAGUGGCUGAAGGUCUGGCUAUCGCAGCCUGUGUAGCUUUCAUUCUGUGCCUCCCGCUCAUACUGAUGCUAGUUUACAGACAGAGACAAACAGUAGAGCGACACAGACGUUCACAUGAGCUGGUGCGAAUGGACAGUGAAGCACAAGCGCAUGAGAACCCAGUGUUUUUGGGAGAUUCUCCACAACCUAAACCCCGCACUGUAUCCCAAAUCAUGAGGCAGUCAUCUGAAACAGGACGCCACCUCCUGUCGGAUCCUGGAACUCCACUCUCCCCAAACAUCCAAGGGGAACUGUUGUUCUUCCCAUCACAGGAUCCCAUUCCUGAGUCUCCCAAUUUACUGGAUUAAAAGGCGUCAUGUUCACAGAAACACCUAGUGCUUCUUCCUUCUCUUCCACAUCAUCAUGCCUCUUUCUUCCGGUCUUCUGCAAGGAUGAUAAGGUCCCCCAAAAAAUGAUAGCGAGACUCAGCUCUUCGCUAUUACGAUGGGACCCCUUAUCUGAUGACGCCUGUGUCUGUCUGCCGACUGUCCUUGAAUGGGUUUCCAGAGAAGAAAAUUACACAAGUUUGGGCACUAGGGAGAGCACGGUCACAGGGAAUUCUUAAGACGAGGAUCCAAAGAUGUCCUCGACUGCCAUUUGAGCUGUUUGCACACUUUUUUGUUCGCCCGUGCCUCGUGUAUCAGUCACACCGUGGCAUCAUUUGCACUUAAAUGACUAUUUUUCAUUCGUUCUCUUUUCUCUAAUCUGUCUGUUCCUAUUCUCGUCUCACAUUUCCACUUAAUCAUUUUGAUCAUCCGCUCUCUUCUAGAGGUCCGGGAUGUGUUUAAACCUCAAUCACUCCUGUUUACCCAUCCUUGCUCAAUACUCAGUGCCAAAGUACUCAGUUAUCACUUUACCACUGAAAUGGUGCCGGUGCUGGUCCCAGAUUUGGUGCUCAGCCGGGGAAUCUGCAGAUCUUAGAAAUGGCCGGUUUUAGCCACUUACUUGAGAGCCGAAUGACAAUGCACAUGACCGUUUGUUUCAAAGUUUUAAAACUCAUUUUACUUUAGAAACUUUAUAUAUAACGGACCCAGAUUGGGACCAGCACUGGCAUUGUGUCGGUGGAAAACGGAUGUUCUCAGUACACUCACCGUCAGACCUCCUGAGAAACAAUGGGCUUUUUAAACCCUUUUAUGGUGAGUGUGGUGCUUUUAUGACAUAUGUAGCUUGUAAGAUGCAUUCUGUCAGAAUGAGUGCAGUUUUUUGUGGUAAAUGUUGUGCCAGUUAAACACAAUGCCACUAUCUUUUACAUCUCCCACGUCACCUGUGGCUUUAAGGGUCUAAGGGCUCACAAAAUAAGGUUUUCUAUCUUUUGUAUCGAAUUUUUAUCUGAUGUGUGUGUGUGUGUGUGUGUGUGUAAGAGAGAGAGAGAGAGAGAGAGAGAGAGAGAGAGUGAGUGUAUAUUCAUUUCCAUUAAAUGAAAAAAAAAGCAAAGUAAAGAGCUUUUCAGUAAGCGUUUUCAGGAAGCUCAAGUUCAAAUCCACUGCCAAAGAGAGUGCCAAAACCUUGCUUUGUGUACGAAUGAAAGAUUUGUUGGUGAAUGAUUGCAAAUCCACAUUGUAAAUAUGCUGAUAAAUACACCACUUUACCAGUUUGUAUAUUUGAAGUUGCACACCUUAUAUGUAGCUUUGACAAUGCUGUGACAUAACUGCUGAUUCCAUUUGCUUGUAUUUCUUUUUAUAAAAAUACAAAUAAAUAAAAAAAUCCUGGCGAGA